CGGUGGUUGAGAUAGAGUUCUGAGGGAGUCUACUUAGAAGCGCUUGCUAGUCAGAGAGCGGCUACAGCCUGUGAAGAAAUCACGGUCUUUUGUCGUCGAGUAGUGCACUCUUUCGAUUGCGCGGGAAUUUAUAAUUUUGUUACGUAAACCGCGUGAGUAACGUGAUCAGCAACGUAUAUAAAUAUUGUCCUUGAUCUUUUACGAAUUACAAUACAUGGCAGAGCUACGGAGAAGAAGAACCAACAUGAGUGAAAUUGUUGCGAGUGAGACGGAACUUUGUGAAAGCAGUGGCACAAUUGUUGAAAGCUCUGAAUGUAUCGGCGAAUGUACCGGCAAUGUCGUACAGAACAAAGGGGAAGAAGAAAGGACAUUAGAAUUACAAACUGAGGAAGAAGAAACGACAUUAGAAUCAGCCGACGUAACAGUGGAAAGCAACGACUCUGAAAGUAUAAGUUCAAGUACCACCGAAUAUGAGAGUUGCAAAAGCCAAACAUCGGAGGGAAGCAGCGAAGAAAUUAACGAUGGUUCGAUCGGCAAGGGUUCCGAUGAAGACUCUAACGAAGAAGAAGACGAGGACCUGAACGAGGACGGGACAGUGACGUGUGCUCUGCUCGGUCUUGAACAGGCCAAGGUCUUCAUUGUCAAAGGAGAAGAGAAUCUGCAUGUGAUGUUCCAAACUGUAAAGGGGAAUGUUCAAGAUAGAGCAGUUAAAAUCAAGGGGAACAUGCACGACGCAGCUGAGAAAAUGCAGGACAAUAUGCAUGAGGCUGCAGAGAGGAUGCAUGUGAUGAUAAAGUCGACCAAAGAAAACAUGUCUGAUGCCGCGGAAAGGGUUCAAGUGAUAUUGAAAACGGCAAAAGACAAUGUGCAAGAAAGCAUGCAUGAUGCCGCUGACAAAGCGGAGAGAAUUUCCAAGAGGGCAAUUGAAUUAGCGCGUUCAGGAUGGUACCUCCUCUCACACUUUGAGCUUCCAGAAUGGCUGCGCGAUAAUGACUUUUUAUCACACCACCACCGACCCCCCAUGCCAUCAUUUAGAUCCUGCUUUAAAAGCAUUUUUAAAAUUCACACUGAAACUGGCAAUAUCUGGACUCAUUUGAUCGGUUUCCUUGCCUUUAUUUGCGUCACAAUCUACAUGUUCUUGCGGCCGAUCACCACUGCCAAUCCCUUUCCCAAAGACUGGCAAGAAAAGCUUGUGUUCGGAGCAUUCUUCGCUGGUGCAAUCUUGUGUUUAGGGUUCUCAUGGAUCUUCCACACUGUCUACUGCCAUUCUGUCACGGUGUCCAAGGUAUUUAGCAGGCUUGACUACUCAGGCAUAGCACUGUUGAUCAUGGGCUCAUUCAUUCCUCCUCUUUACUAUGGAUUCUACUGUUCAAGAGUGCUAAAGAUUGUGUACAUGUCGAUAAUCUGUACUCUAGGCAUCUUGUGCAUAAUUGUUUCGUUGUGGAGUAAGUUCAACACACCCAAGUACCGAGUACUGCGAGCAGGUCUUUUCCUUACAUUUGGAUGUUCUGGUAUUGUGCCUGCUAUUCACUUCAUGGUAGCACAUGGAGUGACCCUGGCUCACCGUCAGGCCUCAGUAGGAUGGAUGGCCCUCAUGGGUCUCUUGUACAUUCUUGGCGCCAUCAUGUAUGCGACCAGGAUUCCCGAGAGGUUCUUUCCCGGGAAGUGUGAUAUUUGGUUCCAGAGCCAUCAAAUAUUCCACGUGCUUGUUGUGAUGGCGGCUUUUGUCCAUCUGUAUGGCAUCUGCCAAAUGGCAUAUUACAGGUUCGACCAGGGAGCAGUGUGUGAAAAAUGAACUUUCUGGACACAGUUUGGUGGCUAAGCUUGAACUAGUGUUAAACAACAUGGUAUACGUCAAAAUGUUGUAGUGUAGGUGUAUUAUGUUGAAAUAAUAAUUGUAUGUAGUUCUGUCUAACAGAACAUUGCUGUUAUCGGCUAG